AUGCUUCACAGUGAUUACGCUACCAAAGUUUUUGGUUUCGCGGCCUUCGGGCGCAUCUAUGGAACAGUUUCAAGGCUAGACGCCCUUACACGAACCGUCCUCGGUGGUAACCCGACUCCUAUCAAUAUUUCACUUGCUACUUUAGGGGCAGUUGUCAUUGCUACAUUGUCAGUCUUUCUGACAGUCGAGGGCCGUAAGUUUGUCAUUGGAGCUGGAAUGAGACUCGGCGUUCAUAACGAGCGGGAACGGCUUCUUCUGCUAACUGAGCGAGAGGAAUAUGGGCCCAUCUGA